AUGGGCUUUGGCAAAGACUUUGUGGCUGCGCAGUACCCGCCUUGGGCUGCACACUACGUUCCUUAUGACAAGCUCAAGUCGCUGGCGACUGUUCGGGCUGCUUCGGGGCUGACCCCGGGUGACACCGCGCGCUCGCCGCCGCGCUCGCACCUGCUGACAGCCGACCUGUCCUCGCCGCCGCAGUCUGGCGACGGUGCCGACGACGGACGGAAGGAGGCAUUCUUCUCAGCGGUCACGGCCACGCUGGAGAGCCUCAACCAGUUUGUUGUCGCCACCAAGGAGGAGCUCUUUGCGCAGCUGCAGGAUCUGUACUCUGAGCUGCACUCCGAGUCUGUGCCGCCAACAACAGGCUCGCCGGCGUGGAUGGUGCGGGUGCGGCUACUCGACGCCGCGGCUCACUUUGUCUCGUUUGUCCCUCUCAACGCGUCAGCGGUGAUGCGAGCCAUGCGGAAGCACGACAAGGCGACCGGCGCGGUCACCGCCCUUCCGUUCAAGAAGCACAUUCUGGAGGUUCAGCCGUUCUACCGCACAGACCUCCGCGAGCUGGUCGCUGUUGCCUCGGCCUGCCGCGAGCUGAUGAUGCUCGACGGCGCCGAGGGCACGCCCGGCGCCGAACACGUCGACGCCCACGGGCGUAGCUCGGGCACCUCGACGCCGCGUGCCCCGCAUCAGGGCCUCCAGCUGCGGGUCAAGGAACGCUCGCUGUCGCCGGGUGAGGCGACCGUCACUACAAGCCUCGAGCAGGUUGCCGAGCGGCUGCACUCGCUCGUCGACCGCUCCGAGAGCGAAGACUACAACACCCGGACCGUUCUCGGCGCCGGCGCGUCGUCCGGCGCCGCCUCGUCGCUCGAGUCAGGCCCGGCCUCGCCGCUCAAGACGUCGACAACGUCGUCCGGCUUGCAGACAACCGCCUUUCCGCCUACAAGCGUACCGCUAGCGAGCGGCAAGAGUGGCGUCGGCGACGGGUCCGGCGCUCCGCUCGUCCGCUCCAUCUCCAAGCAGUCGAUUGUCGGCCUCCUCCACCACGAGACCGUCCAGCCGACUGCGCCCGGCGGCGACGUUGAGCUUGUAUGCUCGUUUCCCGAGUGCGCCCAGCAGUUUGAUAGCCUCGAGCAGCUGCAGCACCACGUCCUCGUCCACGCCACCGACCUCGCGGCGUUGGAGCCGACCUCGGCGUCGACGUUCCUGGCUGUCGACGGGCCUGACCUGCGGGUCCACGCCGAAUCCGAAGACGUUGUCGGCGCCAUGGUUGUCUCGUCACUCGAGUCGCCGCGCCGCCGCCGCCGCCUGGUCUUGGCCGGCCUUGCCGGCGACGACGGCGAGGUAGCCACAGUUGCUUCCACUGCCGCCGCCGCUGCCGCCAGUCUCGCCUCGGGCGACGACGACGAUGGCGUCGAGGACGACGAGUUUGAUCGCGAGCCCGAACGGCCGGGCUCGUCGAUCGACGCUUACCGCUACGGGACAAGCUCGGAGCGGUCGCACGCUCACGCGCUGUCGUACUCGGAUGGGUACCGGUCGCCGACGGGCUCCGACUCGUCAGGUGUGGCGGCGUCAGACAAUCUGCCGCCGUCGCGGACCAUGGGCGGAGUCGCCGCGUUUGUGCCCGCCGCCAGCGUCUCUGCCGGUGAGCUGGCGUCCAACGACCUCGCCAACAGCUCGCGCACGGGUGAGUCGAACGUCCACAACGAGAGCAUGGCCGCCACUGACGGCGGUGUGCCGCUGCUGGGCGAGCCGACACCGACCCGUCGGGCCCGGAUGCUGGCCAAGUCGGGCGCGACCGGAAACUCACUCUCUGACGUCACUGCGUCGGAAAGCCACGGCCGUGUGCGCUACGGCUACCGUGACGCGGACGAAUACUAUAUCGAAGAGUUCGGCUCGAGCCGGUUUACUCGCGCUGUCUCACGCUCGCGCUCGCCGUCGCGGACUCGCGCCGCCCGCCUCUCGGCACGCGCCGCUGCCAUUGCCGAGCACGCUCCGCCCGGCGAAGGCGACACGGUUGUUGACGACGACGAGUUUGAGGCCGCGGACGGCGACCCGUACCCGGACGUGACUACUGUCAGCUCGCCACAGGGCGGCGAGUCGCCGGUCACUCCGCAAGUUGUGCCGGUCGCCGGUGUCAUCAUGCCGCUCGACUCGGACGACGUUGCUGAGCUCGCCACCCGCUCGCGGGCCUCAAGCAUGGCCUCUGGCGGAGACGGCGGUUCGUCUCUCGGCGCUGUCUUUCCCACCACCAGCUCUACUGACGCCGAUGCCGCUGACGGUCUGGCGGUCGAAGUUGGUGGCGUGUGUGCCACCGCUACCGACGACGACGACGACGACGAUGAUGACGACGAGUGGCAGGCCACCGAGCCCGGCUCCGAGUCGUCGGACCGGUACUCGAUUCACGCACGGUCGCCAAUGGACGAUCUUGUGCCUGCUUCGGGCCUGCCGGUGGCAUACGCCCGCGAUCUUGACCGGCCGGCGCGCCACCACAAGUCGCAGGCCAAGUCGUUUACCAACUCGUCCAAGAGGAGUUCGGUGAUGAACGAGGGUUCGGUCCGGUGGGGGUAAACCAAGGCCUCGCCCAAUGUCGCGCUACACCACGUCGUCGGCCGACGACGACGACGAGUCGUCGGCAUAGGCAUCGGCAACAACCAGCGGGAGUGCAGA